ACCUCCAGGCGCACGAGCAGAAGUUCAGAAGUUUCCCUUCGUCUUCCACUUCUCUAUCAUUGACCUUAUCACCAUUGCCAACAUGCCCCGAGUCAUGAUCUGCGGAAACCUCGUGUGGGCUCAUAAGGAAUGUGAACAAAUGUUCCAUGGUCUAGCAGAUGUUGUGGUCAUGGACUCCCCUAGUAGGGCACACUUCCUGGAGAACUUGAAGCCAGGGGGAAAGUAUGCAGGCAUCGUUGGCACGUAUCGCCAUAACGUCUCUGCAGAUCAUAUUGGUAUCUUCGACAAGGAGAUCGUCGAUGCCCUUGCGGCUGCGGGUCUCAAAUGGAUAGCCCAUAAUGGUGCUGGCUAUGACCAAAUCGACGUUGCUGCUUGCAAAGAGAAAGGGAUCAUUGUAUCAAAUACACCUGGUGCCGUCGAUGACGCAACAGCGACGACUGCUCUCUAUCUCAUGAUUUCCGCUCUCCGACAGUACUCCAAAGCCGAACGUGAUGCACGAGCAGGUCUCUGGAAGUCACAACUAGAGUCCGGCAACGCGCACGAUUUAACAGGUCGGACACUAGCUAUUCUCGGCCUUGGUGGUAUUGGUAUGCGUCUCGCAGAACUAGCACAUGCCUUUCCCAUGCGCAUUGUCUACCAUAAUCGUGGAAAAGUAGAGGACACACCGGAAUGGUGUGAGUACUUUCCCGCUGAGAAGUUGGACGAGAUGUUGGCUCAGACAGAUGUCUUGAGUGUACAUGUCCCACUGCGGAAAGAUACUGAGGGCCUUGUGGGCGAGUCGAUGAUUCGCAAGCUGAAGAAGGGUGCAGUCAUCGUCAACACCGCGAGAGGGAAGGUUAUUGAUGAGGAGGCUAUGAUCCGUGCAUUGGAGGAUGGUCACGUACGUAUUCUCGCUCUACGCACUCUAUCAUCUGACCUAACAAGUAUCUUCGCAUUGAUUUCUUGCAGCUCGGAGCAAUCGGUCUCGAUGUGUACCCCGACGAGCCCAAAAUCAACCCUCGGUUCUUUGACUUCCCGAAUGCGACUCUUCUCCCACAUAUGGGCACGGAGACAUGUGACUCGCAGAAGAAGAUGGAGAUCCGUGCCUUGACGAACCUCAGUGAUUUCCUCACAAAAGGCAAAGGCAAUGAUAUUGUCCCUGAGUUGGUGUAGAGAAUGACAUCCCUCAUAGUCUCGGGAAGUGAAGGGGUAUAAUCCAAAUAUCUGUAUUAUCAUUUUAUCAUUGCAUCUGAAAUAGACACGUAUCGAGUCACCUCGCGUCAAUAUCAAGGGUGCGAUAGUGCGAUAGUGGAGAUAGAGUACAAGUGGCAUUGUUAUCUCCGAUCGUGGAUUGCCUCACCAAACUUCUUGAUUUCGCUCUCGGGA